AUGGGUGGAGGACAAGGAGCAGAUUAUUUCUUAACUGAUCCAACAGAGGUGUCAGUUGUGUCAGAAUCUUCUCCAGAGGAUGGAUCAAUUUUAGAGAUUGCUUGUGAUUUGGGGUUACAGCAGAAACCUACAAGAACCCUAGUUCUUGUUGGCCGUUCAGGCAACGGUAAAAGCGCGACAGGCAAUAGCAUUCUUGGUAGGAAAGCUUUCAAGUCAAGCAGGUGUGCAUCAGGGGUUACUACAGCCUGUGAGCUACAGAGCACGACGCUACCAAAUGGCCAGAUACUCAAUGUUAUUGAUACUCCUGAUGCACUUGAGGAUGACAGUGAUACAUCAACAUUGGAGGAAUAUUUGAAAGACAGCCCUGAUUUCAAUGAAAUUCUUGAGGCCUGCAAUGACCGGAAGGUGUUGUUCGGAAACAGGGCCAAUGCUCAUGAGAGUCAGAAAGCUAAGCAAGUUCAGGAUCUCUUAAACUAUGUUGACGAAAUAGCAAUGAAGAAUGGGAAGCCGUAUAUGGAUGAUUUAUCUCACGAGUUUAGGGAAAGCGAGACUGAUAACGUUGGAAAAAAGAGCUGGUUUAAACAUGAAAUUGUUCAAAUGAUGACAAGGGAGAAGUCUGUUGAACAGCAGCAGCUCAGACAAAUGAUGGAGAGGGUGGAGACAAAUAUGAAAGAGACACUAAACAGACUAGAGAAGCAGCUGAACGAAGAGCAAGCAGCUAGACUUGAACUGGAGAAAAUAGCAAACGAGGUCCAGGAACGUUCAAGUGAUGAGAUUAAGAAGCUGAGGGAGGAUCUGGAUAGGGCCAAGAAAAUUUCCAAGGACCUCGAAGAGAAAAAGGCCGGAACGUGUGUCAUUCUGUGA